AUGACAUUCGACACCGUGAAUCAAUCUGUGGAUCGGGCCAAUGGGAAAGCAAUGGAGCAGGAUGUCGAAACAGCGGCAAGAGUGAACGAACCCCAGAACAGCAACAGCAACAACGCCACAGAACAGAAUGAAAAUGCACACAAUAGUAACAAUGGCAACAUGAAAGCAACACUGCUCAGCAGCUUCCCGGUGGAAAAGCUUGCUUCGUUGAAUGCAAAAAUUUCCAACUCCCGCUGGGUGGUGCCCGUGCUACCGUCCCAGGAGUUGGACUGUCUGCUCGAUGCAGCGAUCCAGUUAUCGAUUGCCGGUCUCGAUGGGGACAGCGAACCGUGCGUGCGGUUCUACCAGAAUGAGCUGGCCACCUCCUUCAUCAACAUCCUCACGGACGAGGCGGUCAUGUCGUGGAAGAACAACAUACACGUGUGCAUCUUUAAAUCGUGCUGCAAAUUCCUGCGUCUCGCGUCACUGCACAUCGAGCGUGAUAAUCAGCCACUGCUGGAGCUGUUGGCGAUCGUGUUCGAUCCGGAGAACAAGUUCCACGUGCACAACAUUGCACGGCAACCGGAAAAUCUGACGGUGGUCGCAUCGCCCGCACAGCCCUCGUUGGUCAACAACACGUUGGUGAAUCCGGUUACCACUUCUUCGUCGUCGUCAUCGUCGUCUUCUUCCUCGUCCUCGUCACUGCCCGAUAGCAGUGAUAACAGCAGUGCUACUGGCGUGACCACCGCCAGUAGUACCAGCGCACCGGUGCCGCCGGUCGCUGCCGGCGGCGGCAAGCAGCAGCAGCAGGAAGAGGUGAUGGUUUGCUUUGCGAAACUGCCCGCGGGUGAAACGAAAAGUCCGCGCGGAUGGCUUCUGAACUUUAUCAAUCAAUUCGGAGUUCACGGUGGGUUCGACAAUCUGCUCAAACGCCUCACGGUGGCCAUCGAGCAGCAGCAGCUGGUGCCUCAACCACAACGACACACAACCGAGUCGGCGGAUAGCGGAGGUGAUGCGGAGCGGAGUGGCCGAAUGUCGUUGCAACUGCUGUACGCUCUGUUGCGCCCUUUCGGGCUGUGCGCCGAGUAUCUGGCCUCGGAGACGAUCGAACGGUUCCUGCUGCCCGGUUGUCGGUUCGUGCUGAGCGUACUGGAGGGGCUGACGGACGUGGAACUGAAGCGGGAGGUGGUGUUUGAGGGUAAAAACGAUUUCAUCACGGGCAUCGUGAAGUUUGCCCGUGCCCUGUUGAGCCGCAUCCCCGGCCAGGAGAGCCUGCUGAAUGAGCUGGAAAUGGCGCGGCUGAAGAUCAUAUUGCGCGUGCUGCAGAUAUCGAGCUUCAACGGCAAGAUGAAUGCCCUGAACGAGAUAAACCGCGUGCUAAGCUACGUUUCGAUCUACCCGCACCGCGGGCUGAUCGCCGAAGAGGAAGGCGGCGAUCUGCUCAGUGCCAGCCGGAUGGCGCAAUGGAUACGCACCAAUCGGGUGCUGGCGAUCGUGCUGAAGGACUCGCUGCACCAGUCGCAGUACGUGGAGAAGCUGGAGAAAAUCUUGCGCUUUCUGAUCAAAGAGAAGGCACUCACGUUCGACGAUCUGGACGCGGUGUGGAGCGCGCAGGAGGGCAAGCACGAAGCGAUCGCCAAGAACGUGCACGAUCUGCUGGCCAAACUGGCGUGGGAUUUCAGUGCCGACCAGCUGGAUCAUUUGUUCCGGUGCUUCCAGACAAGCAUGCAGCGGUCCGGGAACCGGAAGCAGCGUGAACGGCUGCUGGAGCUAAACCGCCGGCUGGCGGAGGACGACAAGAACGGUAUGAUGGCGCAGAAGGUGCUGAACAUGUUCUGGAACCUGGCACACAGCCCGGACACGCCGCUCGAAGUGCUUGAGCAGGCCCUUCAGUCGCACGUAAAAAUUCUUGACUACAGCUGCUCGCAGGAACGUGACGCGCAGAAGGGCAUUUGGCUGGUGAAGUGCGUGGAAGAGUUGCAAGGCCGUGACGAAUGGGUUCUGCCGGCGUUGCGGUUGAUCCGAGACAUUUGCUCACUGUACGAUACGACGCCAAAUCACACGCCGCGUAUGCAUCACACCAUGAACCGGCAGAAGAUCAUCGAUCAGCUGCAGAACGAACACAAGCUGGUCAUUCUGGUGACGAACAGCCUGACGGGGUACAUGACGCGUGUCCGCGAGCUGGUCGCCGCCGAUCCUGCACUGAAACCGGCCAAGCUUCGGCUGGAUGGCCGGUACGCGCAUCCGCAGCAGUUGCAGGAACGGUUGGACUUUUUGAAGUUUCUCCUCAAGGACGGCCACCUGUGGUUGUGCGCGGAUCAGGCAAAGCAGAUCUGGAAUGCACUGGCCGUGCACGCGGCUUUCGUCAGUGAUCGCGAGGAAUGUUUCCGGUGGUUUAGCAAGCUGAUGGGCGAAAACCCCGAUCUGGAUCCGGGCAUCAAUCGGGACUUUUUUGAAAACAAUCUCCUAAAACUUGACCCCGUGCUGCUGACCGAGGGGGGUGUCAAGUGUUUCGAGCGUUUCUUCCGUGCCGUCAACACGCGGGAAGAUCGGUUGAUGCCUAUGGCCAAAGUUCACGCACACGCACACCAUCACCAACACCAGCGGGGUUCGUCCUGCGGGUUCGGCGAAGAGCUUAUCGGCAAGGAUUAUCUGUGGCGCGUGAUUACCAACGCACCGGAGCAGAUCGCAAACCGGUCGAUUGGUAUAUUGAACGAAAUGGUCACUGCCGUCGGACCACGAACGACCGUGAGCGAUUUGCAGGAUUAUCACGAAACCUUCAUCGAGGAAUGCUGCGAGAAGCUACGCGCCACCCAUCAGAGCAUCGAGCUGCUUGCCCAGUUCUCUGCCGUGGAACAGGCACCGGUGGAAGAACACGGCCAGGGUGACAUCGAGCGCAAGAAAAUGGCCCUUGCGGAGCAGAUGUGUCGCAUCGUACGAACGCUGUACGAGUACGUUCGCGAGUGCGACCGAAAGUUCGUGAGCGAUCGGUACGAUCUGCCGCUCGGUCAGUUCGUUCGCGGACGACACAUCGAGCUGCUGAUAAAGUUCCAAACACCCGGGCGCCAGCUGGACGACGUGGAGGUGCUUAGCCACAGCAACGAAACGAUGCACUCGCUGAAGCGCAAUCUGUUGCGCCGCAUAAAGGCACUGAAGGCGAACGAAAUUCGCGUCGAUCUGUACGACAACGUGACCGGCGAGCUGGUGGUGGUGCCCGACGAGCAGCAAACGUUGGCGUUCUAUGGCAUACGGGACAAAAUGUCACUCAGUGCGAAGCUAACACCCAUUACCUCCGGUUUGAUGACCACCGGAUCGCCGGAUAGUUCGAGCGAGAGCAGUUCCGGCUCACCGCCCCGGAACUAUGUCGAUGCGGUGAAGCAACAGCAACUCGGUCAUCCCGGAUUGGUUCCGCAGCAGCAUCCAACGGUGCACCCGCAGCUGCAUCCGAACUAUGCCGGACCACAGCAGCAGCAGCAGCCAGGAACGUUGCAGCCACAGCAAGGACAAGCCUUCCAUUCGCACCUAUUCUUGCAUCCGGCCUCGGAACCGGAAGAUAUGCUACCGGGUGUUCUGAUCGCUCAAAAGCCACAGUAUAUCGACUUUUUCCUCAAGCUGUACCAGCUGGCGAGCGAGCUGAAGGACGGUGGCCGUGUGCUGGACAGUGUCCGCUUGCUGCUUCAUCUUUUGCCGCUGGACCGCCAAACGAUGGCCACCCUGUACGAGCUGCUGGCUACGGUGAAACGGCAAGAGGCGAAAGAGGGACCACUGCACAAGGAUCUGACGCGCCCAGAGCGUGUGGUUGUUCUGGGUUCUGCCACCGUUGAGGCACCCCUGGAGGGCACUCCUUCCGCUGGUACGUCUCCGAUGAAGGAAGCUUUCGGGGCACUCUUCAUCAGUCCGCCACCGGCGCGAAUCCUGUACAAUCUGGAAGUGCUGGAAGCGAUGCUGCUACCUGCCACGGUCGUCCCGCCGCCGGCCGUCGAUGACGGAGUGCCAUUUGGUGGAGAAUUCGCUCUAGAAAAGUACGUGGGCAACCACGGAGAGGUUGGUGGCAGUGCCACCGGCGCAGGAACUGCUGUCCCGAACGCCAACUCGACUGGUAGCGACGGAACCACGACCGGAACCGGAACCCCCGGGCCGGGAGUGGAUGCCGCAAAGUUGAUGGCUUUGCUGGAGUUUCAGUACGCUUGGAUCGGGAGUGGCGUGGCGUACGAGGUGGUGGGACUACUGACGGAACCGGCGUUUCUCAGCCUGGGCGGCACCGAUAGUCACACAAAGCGUGCCAUCUUCCGGUGUGUGGUGCGGUUGGUGCGAUUUUUGCUGUACACGCUCGGCUAUUUGCGCAACAUCCAGACGUUCUAUUUGCUGCGACGCUUCAAAGGGCUGCACGGUGCGCUGUGGGGCGGCGAGCAGACUCUGAAGGCGUUUGCAAAGCGGCUCUCCACCUACAUCUGGGAGGCGGUCGAUGGACCGGACGGUAGCGGGUACGCGUUGUUCGAUGAAAUGUUCUACAACGAGUGGCGGUAUCCGGAGGUUGAGAGCAUGAAAAGCAUCAUGGAAGUGGCGUUACGUGCCGCCAACGGUUGGUGUGCGACGAGCGACGCCGAUCCGUGGAAUGUUCAGAUUCCGAAGGUGCGAGGGUCGGAAAGCGUCGUUGAUCCGUCGGGGCCCUGUUCGGCGGAGGCAGGCACUAAUUGUAAGAUAAGUGGCGAAGGCGUAGAGGCAGCGGUAGUACCAGCUCCGGAAGGGCAAGAAACGGGCGAAGGAAGCAAACGACGGAACAGCAAUAGUAGCGUCGGAAGCUGCAGCAGCAAUAGUAGCGGCGGUAGCAGCACCAAUAGCAGCGAGAGCAGCAGUGCCGUGAUGAACAAGCCGGGCAGCAAUGGAGUGACACCGUUGCAGCAGCCAGCCCCUGUGGCCGCUGUAAUCGAAUCGUCCCCGGUCAGCUACGAGGUGUGUCAGAUGGCGCUGGAGGUGUUGGCGCUUGCGUUCACCCUCAACGACAGUGCGAUGGUGAAGCUUGUGGCCGAAACCAAUCUGUGGGACAGCUUUUUGCUGUCCCUCUUGGUGGUGAACCCGUGCGCUAGGAUUCGCUCGAUCGCCCACGAACAGCUGCUGACCAUGUUGACCGAUGGCGAUCACAUUGUGUUGAGCGAAAAGACGAUCGCCAAGAUGCGCACCAUCUGGGAACAGUUGGAUCAUAACGCGGAAACGAAUGCCGAUUUCCUGCAGCUGUUUGCGAAGCUGGUGCAGUACAACAGCCGCCAUCCGAUGUUUCCGAUCGUCAGCAACAGUUCGCUGCUGCACGACGAGAUCAAGUGGCUGUACUGGGUGAAGGGCAAUGUGGCCAAGCACGGGAAAACCUUCGUGCACGAGGACAUCCUGGAGGGGCACCUCUGUUUGACGCGAGCCCUCGUCUACACGGAGGAACAGCGAAGGAGACCGCUGCUAGUGCCACUACUGAAGGAUCUGCUGCAGGAGUUUGUGUUUAAGGCGUCAUUUCAGUACAUCGAUUUCCGGCGCCAAAAGAUCAUCAACUUCACCGAAACGCCGCCCGUGUGUCGCAAUCCCAAAACGAUUUCGGCGGCCCUGGAGCUCCUGGUGGAGCUGUCGCAUGGGUCGAUCGAAUUUACGCGCAUCGUGGCCGAGAAACUGAACGAUAUGUUUUUUGGCGAUAUCGAGCCCGUGCGAGAAUGGGAAUAUCUUCCUCCGGAUGCUCCUCGGGCGGCGCACGGAUUCUGCGGGCUAAAGAAUGCCGGUGCUACGUGCUACAUGAAUUCGGUCCUCCAACAGCUGUACAUGGUACCGGCUCUGCGCAACGGACUGGUGAUCGUGCACAAUGCGGUUACGAAUGAGAAUGAAGAUUUCAACGAAGAGCAAGAUGGACAGUCGAUGGCCGUUGCACACAAAGAGGAUGACGGAGGCAAAAACUAUCAUAUUGGAAUUCUGAAGUAUGUGAUGGUGAUUUUUGGCUAUCUUGGUCAUAGCGCAUUGCAGUAUUACGUACCUAGAGGAUUAUGGAAACAUUUCAAGUUGCAAGGAGAACCAGUAAAUCUGCGCGAGCAGCAGGACGCGGUCGAGUUUUUUAUGUCACUUUUUGAAAGCAUAGACGAGGGUCUGAAAGCGCUGAACUGCAAGCAACUGAUGGCGGCCACGCUUGGUGGGUGCUUUAGCGAUCAGAAAAUCUGUCAAGACUGUCCGCACCGGUACAGCAAAGAUGAACCGUUUAGUGUACUUAGUGUUGAUAUUAGAAAUCAUAGCUCGCUAACGGACUCGCUAGAACAGUACGUUCGGGGCGAGAUACUGGAAGGUGCCGAUGCGUACCACUGUGAUAAAUGUGAUAAAAAGGUCGUAACAGUAAAGCGGCUGUGCGUAAGCAAACUGCCGCCCGUAUUAGCAAUACAGUUGAAGCGGUUCGAAUAUGAUUAUGAACGGGUGUGUGCUAUCAAAUAUAACGAUUACUUCGAGUUCCCGCGUGUACUCGACAUGGAACCGUACACAGUAUCUGGUUUAGCUAAGCUGGAAGGUGAGGUGAUCAACGUUGAACCAAAGCAAGAAGAUCAAGGUUCCACCCGGUACCAUUUGACGGGCAUUGUUGUGCAUAGCGGACAAGCAUCAGGGGGCCACUACUAUAGCUACAUUCUGCACAAGGAUUAUGCCAGUGGAAAGAAAAGGUGGUACAAAUUUGACGACGGUGAGGUAACGGAAUGCAAGAUGGACGACGACGAGGAGAUGAAAGCGCAGUGUUUCGGUGGUGAUUACAUGGGCGAGGUAUACGACAACAAUCUGAAGCGCAUGCAGUACCGACGGCAGAAGCGCUGGUGGAAUGCGUACAUGUUGUUCUACACGCGAAACGAUGUCUAUUACGCUAAACCGCCAAAGAAUGCGUUUUGGUGGCGCAAGCCCCCGGCAUUUUCCUGGUUGCAGCAGAGCCCGAUUGUGGAAUCGCUUUCCUAUGCGCAGAGCGAGCACUACUGCUUUGACAUGGCAGUAGGCAUUGAACGCAGUGUUCGGAGCCAAAACUUGCGAUUUCUUCACUCGAGAAUGCUGUUUUCGGCUGAAUUUUUCACCUUCAUGAAAAAGCUCACCGAGUUCCCCGACACAACGAGAAGAACGCUUCCCAAUUGGUUGCCGAAGUUGACGAAGGACAACAAGUGGGACGAAAUAUGCUUACUCAAAGUGCAGCUAGCAUCGCAGUUUCUCUUUCACUCCGGCUUCAAAACGAAGAAGACUAUUCGGGGACAAGUGAUGGAUUGGUACGAAAUAUUUCGCGAUCACCUGGAAGAAACGGCUGUUAUAAGACAGUGGUUCGCACGGAACGUUCUGCUCGAUCCUCCAAGCCGACUGUGCGAGUAUCUGUUGGCUGCUCCACUUCCCGAUAUACGUUCCUGUUUCGCCAAGUUGAUUGUCUCGUUCUGUCAUUAUUCGGCCAAGGAUGAGCCGCUGCCCGACUUUGAAGGUUCUAAUCUUUGCGAGCAGGUGCUAAUCGCCGUGCUUGCCUUGCUGAAAUCGGACGUGCCGGAGCACGGCAAGCAUUUACCGCACUAUUUCAGCCUAUUUUCAAUGUAUGCCGGCCUGGGCUAUCGCGAAAAGUGCCAGCUAAUCAAGCUGAACGUCCCCGUGCUGUUUAUGCGGAUAGCGAUGGACGAUGGAACCGGUCCGACAAUAAAGUAUCAGUAUCCGGAUCUGAGUAAACUGCACCACGUCGUGUCGUUGCUGGUACGCUCGAUGGACAUUUCGUCACGAUGCCGCAGUGCAAUUAAUGGAUCGCCACCACUACCAAACAAGUACGGCGAGCACCGGUUCGUGGAGGAAGGAGCCAGGAAAUGUACGUUGAUUCCCAUGCCGGAAGAGUGUAUUGAUUACCUGUAUAAUCGAACUGGUUACGUGAAACGAUUGCUGGAAGAUGUGCAUAUUGGCGAGGAAAGCUUCAAGCUGCUGCAGUACAGCUGCUGGGAGAAUCCCCAUUUUUCUGGCAUCAUACUAAUGGAGCUGCUGUACCAGUGCGAUUACGUGUACUGGCACGACAUGAAACACUACACCGAUCUGCUGCUGCACAUUCUGCUGAUCGAAGACUCGUGGCAGGGACAUCGAAUCAUGAACGCUUUGUUGGGUGUCGACCAUGACAGGGACGGGUUGUUGGAGAUUAUAAGGCGCAGCAAGCUGAACUACCAGAAACGUGCCUACCAGUGCAUCAAAUGCAUGGUGCAUCUGUUUACGAAAAGCUCAGUAGCACUCAACAAGCUACAUACGUGCGCCCCGCUAGCCAAACAGUGGACGCUGGCCAUCGAGUGGUUGCAGGAGGAGCUGGAAAAGCAUCGCACGACCGGCAACAGUCAGUACAACUACAAUUCCUGGUCACCGCCCGCCCAAAGUAACGAGAAUACCAAUGGCUUUUUGCUGGAAAAAUCACAGUCCGUUCGGGAUAUUCUGCAGAUGGCGUUUGAUUUGUGUCCGGAACCAGAGGUCCAUGAGUCAGAAGCGUCUGCGGAACAGCAACCUGCCGCGACAACGGGCCCGGAUGGGAAUGAUUUCAACCCUCUGGGUGAUCGGGGUGAACCAUCGUCUGCGGUAGAAAUCGAGGCCUCACAAAAACAACCUUCUUCCUCUUCGGUGUCCUCCCUGGCACCAUUGGUUGCAGUAGUUUCCACCGUUGGCGCUGAUCCUGCCUCCUCUUCUAUGCCGCGAACCGUCGUGAAAAGCGCUCGUGAUAGGUUCGCACCGAACCCCUCCGUGACGCGGAGGUUCUUAACGGAGAGCGAUACCAGGUAUCGUCAAGACGUUGAUAAUCAAAAUGGACCGUCGAGUGGCGUUGUGAGUGGAACUGGCGGAGAGAAACUGACCGGUUCAGGCAUAAAGCAACUCACUGCGGUGAUGUCCAGUAUUGAUAUUAACACUGAUGGAAGCACACCCGAGAACAGAGAAGGAAUCAAGGCACCGCCGUUGGUCGCGGCAAAUACCUCAUCAUCAUUAGCGACAGUAGCGACGGGGUCAGUGGCACCGGCAGCCUCUGAACCUUCGCCGUCAUCCUCCUCUUCGUCGCCGGCGAACUCCUCUUCGUCUUCGUCAGUCUCAGCGACGUCGACGACACUGGCGAAGAAAGACCGUCCGGGUCCGGGUGGUACCGGCGAUGGACAGUCGUGCGCCAGUUAACAGGAGCAGAAAAGCUACAUUUGAAGCACUCGUCGGGAACCCCCCUUGCACGGGUGGUGCAGAAAACCGGUCGCCGCUGGCUAGAGCAUGAUGCGAGUUGAUAACGAUAUU